CCCAGUUCGCUCUCACUUCACUCCAUCAACGACAUGGCUACCAUCACCAAACGAUUCUUCAGUCUACGCUCUGCGUAUUCAUCUUCUCUCUUCACCACCACCACCACCGCAUCCUCCCUCCUCCUCCACACUCCCACGCGCCGAUACUCCACCCCACCCCGCACCAGAACCCCACUCGAGAAACAGUUCGAGACAUGGGUCAACCACCUCAAACCCGGUUUCACCCCUUCCGACGUCGACCGCGCCCUCACCUCCGUCUCCGACCCCGAUCUCGCCCUCGACAUUUUCCGAUGGACCGCCCAGCAACGCUCCUACAAUCACACCGACCUCACCUACCUCACCAUCAUCAAACACCUCAUCGCCGGCCGCCGCUACCAGCAAGCUGAAACCCUCGUCGAGGAGGUCAUCGCCGGCGCCUGCGACGGCUCCAUACCCCUCUACAACUCCAUCAUUCGCUUCUGCUGUGGUCGCAAGUUCCUCUUCAGUCGCGCCUUUGAUGUCUACAACAAAAUGCUCAGGUCUGAGGAUUGCAAACCUGACCUUGAAACUUACACUUUGCUUUACAAUUCGCUGCUUAGAAGGUUCAAUAAGUUGCAUGUUUGCUAUGUUUAUUUGCACGCGGUUCGGUCUUUGACGAAGCAGAUGAAGGCUGUUGGUGUUAUACCUGAUACAUUUGUGUUGAACAUGAUCAUUAAGGCUUAUUCUAAGUGUUUAGAGGUGGAUGAGGCGAUUAGAGUUUUUCGCGAAAUGGGGUUGUAUGGGUGUGAGCCUAAUGCUUAUAGUUAUAGUUAUAUUGCUAGAGGUUUGUGUGAGAAAGGGAGGGUGAAUCAAGGGUUGGGGUUUUAUAAGGAAAUGAAGGAGAAGUGUUUGCGGCCGAGUACUAGUACUUAUGUGAUUAUAGUUUGUAGUCUCGCUAUGGAUCGAAGGUUUGAGGAUGCCAUUGAGGUUUUGUUUGAUAUGUUGGGGAAUUCUAGGUCCCCUGAUCAUCUCACCUACAAGACUGUUUUAGAAGGGUUGUGUCGGGAACGAAGAGCUGAUGAAGCCUUUGACCUGCUUGAUGAAUGCAAGAAGAGGGAUAUUUCUAUGAGCGAAAAGAUGUACAAGACUUUGUUGGAUGAUUUGCAUUAUGUGUGCCGGGAGUAGAUUCUUUGGUUUUGUCGAAGUUGAAUUCAGUUGUUCUAUUGCUUGGUAGAGACUAGAGCCUGAUUUUGGAGAGCCAUGAAUACUACUAUACACAUGAGAUAAAAGUCAGCUGAUUUUUUUCGAAAGAGUGCUGAAUGUAGAUAAAUGGAAACACCUUGCUUAGAGAUUUCUCCCAGAUUCUUUUGGACUACUUCCUUGCAGAAGUAAAAUUUACAGAUUGGUGGAGAAGGCACCUGAAUAUCUGUUAAUUGUUGACACACUGCCACUGGUAGUCUGGUACUGGUCUUGAUGAUAUGGUGGCACAAACUCUUUUCAGAUGAAAUGAGCCACUUGUUAUGAAAAAUAUGAGCGUGUGAUAUGGACCAGACCAUGGUUUUUUAGGGCUACAUGAUAACCCAGCUGAAGCAAAUACUGGUGCACUAUAACUUCUACCUAUGUCAUUGUGAUGGAACCUUGCAAAAGCUGAUUCUGGAUAGUUUGCUGGAUGGGCAUUUUAUGAUAUCAUAUAACAGCUAAAGUAACCUUAUAUUCAUCUGGUUCUUAUUGAUGUCCUUAGUUCAUUUGUUUGCUUGAUGAAUUCUUCUAGAAUGGAAUUUAGUUGAAACUUUUAUAGUUGCUGGUUUUGGAUAUCUCAACAGACAACAUGUAUUGCUCGUGGGGGUAGGGGGGGAUCACAUUGUGUAAGUAACUUGGCAUGAUCUGUUGUAUUUCUGAGUUAAACAGAUUUACUCAGUGUACGGUGGUGAUCAUAUUCACCAAUGGAAUUUUGUUUUUCUUUGCAAUGUUUAUCUGUUAGCAACUUAGCAUUAAGCAAUAUAUAUUGUGGGUUCCAAUAGUUUAUCAUAUCAUGUUUAAAAAUUCAUUUCAUUUAUAAAAA